AGUGUGAAAUCGAUUCUUAUAAGGUAUCAAUCAAAUAACGUAUUUUGAAUGUUGUUUUUGUUUGUCUUUUUGAAAGUUGUGACUUAUGUGUGUGGUCUGACUUUUAAAAUAGAGGGCCUUCUUCUAUCAUAUAAUAGACAGGGCAACGAUUACAGAAAACGAAGAAAGAAGCACAUUAAAGCAGAUCGUUGAUCACGAAAUUUUAAUUUUUGCUACCGUCGCACCCGUCUUUAGUAGAAGAAGUUUGGCUGGGAGUAAGAUCGUGGAUUAGCUGGGGAGGGAUAUUGCAACCUAACAACAUCUACGGUGCUGGUUCUGUCAAACCUGGUGAAUGGUGGAAACAGAGUGUUGGACAACUGAUUGUUCAAUAUCCAAGCAGAUGCCACAGGAAAUACCAAGAAUAACCAGAUCUAUUGAGCGACGUCGACUCUAUAGCCGUCGCUUCAGAAACAUGAGACCUAAUCGUGCUAUUCCGUCGGGAAUCGGACCGGAAUGGGUCAUGGAAUUAGAGAGGUGCAGGGUAGAAUCUGAAGAAAAACUAGCUGAUGCUGCUCUGAUUAUGGCGGAGGCGGCGCGCACGCAAGCCUUGGCAGCGAGUACUCAGGCUGACCUGAUACGGAAGCUGGUAGAGCUGCUGGGGCGGUCUCUGGGGAUGACACGAGAGCAACGGACAACAGAAUAGGGAUCCAUACAUUUUGUGUGUUGUAUUUCAUGAACUAUAGCUAUAAAAUGUUUUAAAAAAAUUCGCAUGCU